AUGAACAAAGCACAUGUCCCCGUGUCACAAUUAAGGAGUGGUGAUAACCCUUCUUUACCAGUUUUGCGUCCUAACUAUGAGUCAACUAAGCUAUUAGAGCAUCAAAAAGAAAUCGAGUCUUUAAAAAAUGAGAUUGCAGACUUGAAAUACGACAUACAGCUUUUACGAAAAAAAGAAAAAGAAUCGAUCAAAACUGAACUACAAUAUAAGCAGCUCAUAAGGACCUAUCAACAAGAGCUUUCUAAAAAUUCAAUUCUCCAGUCAAAGAUGCCAACAGAAGAGUCAGAAAAAAAUGUUCAUGUAAUUGGUGAAGCUUAUGAUAAAGUUUAUGACUGUAUAAAGCAGCUACAAGACAGAAUUGAUGAUAUGCUUGUAAAUAAAGAAGUCUCACUCAUAGCAGUUUUUGACGCCAAACUUCAAGAAAUUUCAAAAGAGCUGGAAAACGAAAAAAAAGCAAAAUUAGAAUAUAUUGAAGGCUUAGCAGAAAGGGAAAAUAAAUCACUCAAAGAACUAGAAAUCCUUAGAGGCUCAGUAGAAUUAAUAGAAGCUAAAAACUGCUAUCUGGAGACAGAAAACAAAAGACUGAGAGGAGAGCUUAAACAAGCUAGAUCUGAGUAUGAAAACCUAGAACGUCGUCUUUUUCAAAUGAAAGAAAGUAGGCCUAAGCCUAGGGUCCCUUCGCCAAAAUCACUUAUUUCCCCUAAAUCGUCCACAAGUGUGCUAUUAUCUCCUCCAGUUUCUCCUGGGUCAAGAGUUAACAGCUUUUUAUCAUCAAAAAGAUCAGAAAAUGACAAUGCAGAUGCAAGAUAUCAGCAGGUGAUAGAAAAAUUAAAAAAAUCUAUAGAGUUUCAGAAAAACAAUUUAAGGGCCGCUAGAACUGCGUAUAUAAGAGAAAUUCAAAACAAGAAUGAGAUCGAGCAGGUCGUUCAAGUGUGCCUUGAUGAGGUAAAAAAACAACUGGUGCAGAAUAAAGAUAAAACAAAAAAUAAAGGCGAAAACACGAGACAAGAACUAAUAAACAAAUUGACUACACAAGAAGAAAUACUUUCGUUAUUGUAUCAAAAAGUCCACCGAAACGAAAACCAGAAUCAAUUUUUGUAA